AUGGCGCAGGAGACCGACAAGCUGCCGGCGCCAGUCGCCGCCGCCGCGGCCGAGGAAGCGAAUGAAGGCGCCAGAAAAGUCGCGCAGGCGGCUAAAGAGAAAGAAGAAGGGAACGAACUGUUCAAAAAGGGCCAGGUGCCGGAGGCGAUCGAGGUCUGGCGCCACGCGCUGAAGCUAUGUUACGAGCUCUCUGUCUCCGGCGACGCGCCGAAUCUGGGCGAGAUGUACGACCUGCAGACCGCCCUCGAGAAUAACUUGGCAGCCGGACUCCUCAAGGAAGGAUCUUACUCCCGCUGCUUGGACCACUGCGACAACGUGCUGCGGCACGACCCGCAGAACGAGAAAGCGCUGCUGAGGAUGGCCAAGGCGCACAUCGAACUGCAGGAGUAUGCUCAGGCAGAGGAGACGAUUCGGCGCCUCCGCGAGGCUCGCCCCGACAACGCAGAAGCCGCCUCGCUCCAGCGGCGAGUUCUCGAGGUCCAGAAGGAGCACCGAAGGCAGGAGAAGGUGCUGUAUCAGUCCAUGCUCAGCAGAAAGGGAAGGGAGUCUCACUCGUUGUCGGGAUCGGAGAAACACGAAUCAGCGCCCGCACAGCCGAGCCAGUGGAUGUGGUCGGUGGAGUUCCAGCCCGUGGAUCGAGACGCGACUGUGUGGAGGGCGCCUCACUCGCUGGAGAGCCUCACCGAAGAGUGCAACUUUCCACUGACCCGAGGCCUGCCUUUGACAAUUCUCUACGCGCUUCAAGCGGCCGACGAGGCUCGAAAAGCGGCGCUAACGAGGCAGGCCCAGACGCGCCUCUCGGCUCAGUCUGGAGGAGCCCAGAGGGGAGGCGACGGCGGCGCGACCGCCGUCGCAGCUCCCUCCCCGUCGGGGCAGACGGCGGCGACGGCCGAAGCGGACUGCUGGAACUGGCGGUCGAUACGCAGAGACGUUCUCUGCGUCCACCUGAUUGGAGUGACUAGCGCCCACGAAAUGGGGUGCAAAUUCACCGUCCUCCUGGAGCGCUGGCCAGAAGUGAAGACGCUCAUUCUCGUCUUCAUCGGCUUCCUCGGGAGCCACGGCAAACUCGAAAAGGAGCUCGAGCGCGGAAAGCUCCAGCCGCCCGCCGUCGUCAGGACAGAGGACGGCCGCGAACAGCUGGCAGUUCCCUUCAAAGGCACCUACGAGGAGUUUGUCCAGGCCGUCCCCGGAGUUCUUACAAAUCCUGAAUGCACAUUCUUCCCCGACUUUGCGGUCUUGAGCACACCGCUGUUUUCUCGGGAUGUCGAUUCCUGGAAGCCGGCUCUGGCUCUCCUUCUUGAUUCGGACGUCCUCUCCAUUGCGACAGUCAGCGGCCCCCUGCGGGAGUCGGUUGGAGCCGAAUCCCGAGAAGACGAGGAGGUCGUGAAGAACGUUGGCGGCCGCAUCGUCGUGCCGACUACGAAAAACGAGUUUCCGAUCAUUCUGCGGGUGCCCAAAGAGGCCCUCAAAAACCGCCAGGGAACAAGCAGGGACGACAACCCUACGGAGUUCAUUGGGAACGAGUUUGCCGAAGACGAAGAGGCUGCGAAAGCCGCAUCCACGUCGGAGAUCUUGGGAGCGAAGCAUGCAGCGUUUUUCGUGUUUCGUGGCCGUGCGAAGUAG